CCUCUCUCUGUGCCUCCUCUCAGCGAUGGGCUCGUCUGUAAGAUGGAUGCUCUGGACCCUGUGUGCGAGUUUCACCGCUCUGGAGAACGUUGCGCUCCGGGUGACCAUGAGGGAGUCCAGCCUAAAGGUGGUUCAAGGGGAUUUUGUGGUCCUGCCCUGCUCCUUCUUCACCUCCAGCCCACUCUCCAGACUCAACGUCAUCUGGACUCUGGCUCCCUUCUCCAGUCCAGAGACCCCGAUACAGGUGAUUGUGUACGACCAUGGACAGGUGAUCGAAGACCCAGCCCUCAUUGGCAGGGUGGGUUUUACUGGUAUUCCCUGGAGUGCAGACAUUGUCCUGAAUGACACACGUGUAUCAGACGCUGGCAUUUACCGCUGCAUGGUCAAUAACCCGCCAGAGACGGCAGAUCCCGGCAUAGGAGAACUGGAGCUCAGUGUUCUGGCGCCGCCUUCGCUGCCUGUGUGCCAGUGGGACGGAGAUAUUGAUAUGGGAGGAAGUGUCACGCUGUCCUGCUCGGUGGCGGAGGGUGUCCCCACUCCAGAGAUCCGCUGGGAUAAACUGAAUCCAGAGGAAAUCGCACUUCCCAUCAACAUGGAGGGGGAUCUGUCAGGCUCCGUCCAGAUUAUCAACGUGUCCUCACAGACGUCUGGCUUGUACCGCUGCUCUGCCACCAACAUCCUGGGAACAGAGAACUGCUACGUCAACCUGUCCAUCUACAGCACCCCGGACAGCUCCUCGGGCGUGCUGCAGGGCGUGCUGCUGACCUUGUCCAUGUGCUUGGUGUUGCUGGCGCUGCUGGCGCUCGUGCUGUGGCUCCAUCGCACGGGACAGGACGGGAGGUGGCGGGAGGGGAAAGAGGAGGCGGAGGAGUGUUACAAUGAGAUUCGGUACACUCCGUCUCUGAUGAAGCGCUCGUUCGUUUGAGUUCUCGACAUCCACAGGAAUUAAAAAAAUCACCCAUAAAAAGACUUCCAAGACUUUGU